AUGGUUCUUAGAUCUGCCUUUCUAGCAUGGAGUGUACUCCUUUUGGGAGUAUUCCGCGCUGUCGCAAUCCCGUCAAUUCAGCCCCGACAGGAAACAUGUCUCCCUCCCAUCAACCAGAAUUAUUCGGCCAGUAUCUCUUUUCUAGGUUGCUACACGGAUGAUAGUUCGCGAGUUCUACAAGGAGGUUCAGCCACUCCACCUGGUGGUAACUCUCCCCAGACAUGUGCUGAUACUUGUGGCUUGUCUGGGUUUACAUAUGCUGGAGUAGAAUACGGGAGUCAAUGCUACUGUGGUAAUAGCAUUGGAAGUACUGCGCAGAAACAAGAGGAUAGUGCGUGCACUAUGACUUGCGCUGGAAACUCUUCCAAAAUCUGUGGGGGGACCUGGCUGAUUGAUAUCUACCAGAUUUCCAACCCUAGUUCCAACCCAAUUCCUCUUUCCGGUUCUGUGAAGCCCAACUGCACUUUGGACCCUUUGUGCAGUAAUCCAAUCUGCGAUACGUCUCUUGACCCUCUCACCCGUGCAAAGGGUCUUGUAGAUGCCAUGACCUUUGAAGAAAAAGUUCAAAACACUCAAAAUGGGUCACCGGGAGCUGCUCGUCUUGGAUUGCCAGCAUAUCAAUGGUGGAACGAAGCAUUACACGGUGUUGCUGGUUCUCCUGGCGUCACUUUUCAACCUUCUGGGAAUUUCAGUUACGCCACCUCCUUUCCACAGCCUAUUCUCAUGUCAGCUGCUUUUGAUGAUGCUCUCAUAAAAGAAGUUGGUACUGUCGUUAGUAUUGAGGGUCGCGCCUUCAAUAACUACGGGAACGCAGGUCUGGACUUCUGGACACCAAAUAUCAAUCCUUUCAGAGAUCCACGCUGGGGUAGAGGCCAAGAGACUCCGGGUGAAGACCCAUACCAUAUUGCUCGCUACGUGUAUAACUUGGUCGAUGGCCUCCAAAAUGGAAUUGCACCUGCCAAUCCCAGAGUUGUGGCAACUUGCAAGCAUUUCGCAGGGUACGAUAUCGAGGACUGGGAGGGAAAUUCACGAUACGGCUUCAAUGCCAUUAUUUCCACGCAAGAUCUAUCCGAAUAUUAUCUACCUCCCUUCAAAAGCUGCGCACGCGACGCACAAGUUGAUGCUAUCAUGUGUAGCUAUAAUGCUGUCAACGGAAUCCCAACUUGCGCCGAUAGCUACCUGUUAGAUACCAUCCUUCGUGAUCAUUGGAACUGGAACCAGACAGGACACUGGGUGACUUCAGAUUGUGAUGCGGUCGACAACAUCUACUCUGACCACCGCUACACAAGUUCUCUCGCUGCUGCCGCCGCUGACGCUCUCAAUGCCGGUACAAAUCUGGAUUGUGGAACCACAAUGUCAAACAAUCUUGCUGCUGCCGCGGCCCAGGAUCUUUUCAAAAAUGCCACUUUAAACUCGGCUUUGGUUUAUCUAUAUUCUUCUCUAGUCCGACUUGGGUGGUUUGACUCGGAGGAUUCACAAUACAGUUCCCUCGGAUGGUCAGAUGUGGGUACUACUGCAUCACAGCAGCUGGCCAACCGUGCUGCUGUCGAGGGCAUCGUGCUCUUGAAAAAUGACCAUAAAAAGGUACUGCCGUUGUCCCAGCAUGGGCAGACAAUUGCGUUGAUUGGCCCUUAUGCCAACGCAACUACCCAGCUUCAGGGGAACUACUACGGCACUCCGGCAUAUAUCCGAACACUGGUAUGGGGUGCUGAGCAGAUGGGAUAUACCGUUCAAUAUGAAGCUGGCACCGGCAUUAAUUCCACCGAUACGUCUGGAUUUGCUGCUGCGGUAGCCGCCGCUAAGACAGCAGACAUAGUCAUCUAUGCGGGAGGUAUUGACAACUCAAUCGAGGCUGAAGCAAUGGAUAGAAACACAAUUGCCUGGACUGGUAAUCAGCUCCAACUUAUUGAUCAGCUCUCUCAAGUCGGGAAACCGCUUGUCGUCUUACAGUUUGGUGGUGGACAGCUAGACGACUCUGCGCUUCUCCAAAACGAGAAUGUGAAUGCUCUUUUGUGGUGUGGCUACCCAAGCCAAACCGGAGGUCAAGCCGUGUUCGACAUUCUCACGGGGCAGUCUGCUCCUGCAGGAAGACUCCCGGUAACACAAUAUCCGGCAAACUACACCAAUGCAAUUCCAAUGACGGACAUGUCAUUGCGUCCAAAUGGUAGUACCCCUGGACGUACAUACCGCUGGUACGACGACGCAGUAAUCCCAUUCGGCUUCGGUCUGCACUAUACAACCUUUGACGCCUCCUGGGCCGACAAGAAGUUUGGCCCUUACAACACGGCAUCUCUCGUUGCAAAAGCCUCGAAAUCAAAGUACCAGGACACUGCUCCCUUUGACAGCUUUCAUGUCAAUGUCAAGAAUACCGGGAAAGUCACAUCGGACUUCGUCGCAUUACUCUUUGCCUCCACCGAUAACGCAGGUCCUAAACCGUAUCCUAUCAAGACAUUGAUCAGCUAUGCGCGAGCCUCCUCUAUCAAGCCUGGAGAGACUCGCACCGUGAGUAUUGAUGUCACUAUUGGUUCCAUUGCACGAACUGCUACCAAUGGUGAUUUGGUCCUGUAUCCUGGAUCGUAUACUCUGCAAUUAGAUGUGGGCCAGCAUUAUCCAACUGCAGAAUUUACAAUCAAUGGACCGGAAAAUGUUUUGGAUUCAUUCCCACAGCCUCUUUCCUCUUAG